GUUGAUUCCUCAAAAAUUUUAACAAUUAUCAAUUCCAGGCACUAAUUUGAUCUUUUUCAUACAAAUUGUGCCAAAAUCUUUCAUAAUUAUCAAAUUAUUUAAUAGUUUAAUAUUAAUUCUUGUACUAUACAUUCACUAGCGCUCUUUCGCUUCUAUUCUCAUUUUUUUGUAAAUUAUUCAUAAAAUUAUUAUUUCGCUGUAAAUUAUAAAAACAAGACACCGUAAUCGUUUUUUCUACAAUAUAUUGAACUUUUCUGCAAUAAAAUAAAAUUUGUCGUAAUUUCAUCAAAGUAUACUGAAUAGAUGGAAAACUUAGAUAAAAACAUGGAUGAAGAAGUAGUAGAUAACACUUAUUUGAGGGUAAAGAGGCGUUUUUUUGAGCGCGUCGGGGUGAUAUUUUCAGUGUUUAACAUCGCAACGUUUUUGGAGUACUUUAACCUCCAAAUUCUCCCCUCGUCUAUGCGAGGGCUUGAAAUGUCUCUAUUCUUCACUUCAAAGGAUAAUUCAAUGCUCACUAUGGCAGAAAACCUUGGACUCGUGUGCUUCAUACCGAUCUGGGGUGCUCUCUGCGAUAAAAUCGAACUCCAAUACAUUUUAAUCUUUGGAAUUAUUCUAACGGGGCUUAUCAACAUAUGGUUAUCAACAAUUUCAAACUACACUCUGAUAUUAAUAUUGCGUAUAUUCAAUGGCGCGUUGAUGGGAAGUGUAACGCCAUCAGCGCAGAAGUUUAUAGCGACGAAUCUACAAAAUAAGCUGGCAUUUGGAUUUGGAAUUUUACACGCGGUGAUGUGUUUUGGAAGAAUGAUCUCAGGUCUAAUUUCAACGACCUAUUCAACAGACACCUACAGAGACAUUUACGGGUGGAGAAUUGUUUUAUUCACCUAUGGUGUCGUUACGUUGGUUACGUCACCAGUUCUAUUCUUCAUACCCAAGGUCAAACGUAUUGAUAAUAAUACGACGGGCGAAAAGAUUAAACUUUCUCAUAAAAUCAAACAAUUGGCACAUUACUUAUUCUUUAUCAUUAAAGAAUCGUUAAGUAAUACCACCUCUAUCUUAUUAGCUGUAUUGAACUUUUUUAGUGAUGGGCCGUUUGUGGCGUUUAAUUAUGUGACUUUAUUAAUUCAGUACAUGAGGCUUUCAAAUACCGUAUCGGCAAUUACUACGGGGCUAACCAUUUUGGGUGGUAUUAUUGGCGGAAUUAUUGGCGCUUUCGUUUCUGAUCAUUUUGAUCGUAAAUGGCCUAAACAUGGACUAUUAAAUAUAGGUAUACUAAAUGUUGGGAUAAGAAUAAUAACGUUUAUGAUAUCGUUUUUGGUAAUAGAUGUGACGAACAUCAAGCGUCUGUACCCACUUUUGGCGAUCUGUCUCAUCAUUAACGGGAUGACCUUUAUGACCGUAAGCUGCGUUGAUCGCACUCUUCUCGCCAAUGUAGUCAUGCCUUCAGUCCAUUCUUCAUCAAUAUCAAUUAUAAGAUGUAUUGGAGGAAUAUUGAGUGCUGUGAUAUUUAACCCUGUGUUGGCGAAGUUGAACGAAGGCGUUUUCCACUUCGAAUCCUCAUCAUUGGCAGUCGCACUCAUGCCCUUCAAACUCAUUAAAAAGAACUCUGACGCUCUCAGAUACUCAAUCUCAAUCAUUUCUCUAGGAACCACUGGUGUCGUUUUAGUGCUCUACAUUGUAUUACAUUUCACAUACGGGAAAGAUUGUGAAAAGAUAAAGCAAAGAAUCGGGAAGGAAUCCGGUUUAUUCGAAAUCAAAGAAAUGGAUGAUCCGACUCCAUAAAUCUCUCGAUAUGCAUUUUUUAAUCAUUAUUGAUUAGUUAAAGGAGGAUUGAGGAAAGUAUAUUUAAAAAUAAAGCUGAAAAUACCAAUGUGUAUUUUGUGUGGCAAUCAGUGUAAUAAACGAUAACAUUGUCGUCUUGACAAAAGUGUAAAUAAAAUUAAUUUACCUCAAAAUUUAUUUAAUAAAUCU